GAGUCGUAAUCGAUGUUCCCUGACUCCCUGUCGCGCUUCAUUCACCCCUCCUGAACCCUGGCUGAGACACACACUACUGUACACUGCCCUAUCCCGAUUACAUGCCCGGUUGUCCAAGCUUUGGCGACUCGACACGCAAAAGAUGCCAGUGAAGAAGGGUGCGCCUCUUCUUGCAUCAGCCAUGUUGUUCUUUGACACCUCACCCACCAUUUGUUUCGCAGAGCGAACACUUCGAUGGCUUACUAGCACUUAAUACUAUACCUUUCCUUUGUUCGUUCAGCUUCCUUUUCUCACCGCGCCGCUCGCUCUCCACGACUUGACACAAUUCCCGUCAUGACUCUACUUACACAAUCAUCGCCGUUGCAGGACUCUUUCGGCCCAGAGGAUCUACCAUUAUUGUCGCCAGUAACCUCAGAUCGCAUCUCGGACGUCCCCGAACGCCGGAACGAAAAGAAACCUUGGGUCACGCUUGUGGUCCUCAUCUUUUUCCUCGUCGUGAUCAUAGACAUUGGCGCAUUCCUUGCCGAAGCACCCAAAACUCGCGUUUACGAAGCGAAUCUCUGCAUACGCCAUUACCUCGAACACGAUCCCUCCAAGAUCAACCCCGAUGGAACCGUAGAUGAAGCUCUGUGCAAGGAAGAUGAUAUACAACGGAAGAUGGCAAUGAUAUUUGGAUGGCAAGAGAUGUUCGACGCUAUCCCGGCGAUUCUUCUUGCGGUGCCGUACGGCGCGCUAUCAGACAAAUGGGGGAGGAAAUGGGUAUUUGCAGCAUCCCUAUGCGGACUCCAGCUCAACUCUGCCUGGAUUCUCCUCAUCUGUUACUUCCGAAGCCUACCUUUACAAUUGACAUGGUUCUCGUCUGCAUUCUACUUGCUGGGAGGUGGCCCAAUCGUCGCAACUGCAGUGGGUGGCACUAUGCUAUCGGACAUUGUUCCAGCAGAGAAGAGAACUUCGAUAUACCUGUAUGUCACGGCUAGUGUAUACCUGGCAGAGCUUAUCGCGCCCAUCAUGGCUUCAAAGCUGAUGGAGCACGGCGACUGGCUUCCGCUGCUACUUGCGCUCGCCAUUCAGCUGGUGGGCAUUCUCAUUGCGUUCUUGUUCCCGGAGACCCUGCACCUCCGUGAUCUGCCCGAACCAAAGGAUAGGAUAUCCCCCGCCGAUGAAGAAAUCGAGCUCACUUCUUCGAGGAAGGGGUUCGUUAGGAUGCAGUUGCAGCAUCUGAAGGAUGCUGCUGUGUUCUUUGGACGUGACGGUAUGACCGCCAUGAUCAUCUUCACGUUCUUGGCCAGCAGGCUUGGUCGUCAAUGUGUUUCACUACUGCUUCGGUACGCCUCGAAGAGGUAUCAUUGGGAAAUUAAAAAGGCAAACUACUUGUUGUCGUUCCGCGCUGCCACCAAUCUCGUCGCCAUGACGAUCUUCAUUCCUUUGGUAAAUUGCUUCCUACUCAAGUAUCUCCGCUUGGUGGCGCACCAUUCGGAUCUCUGGAUAGCACGUGGAAGCAUUGUCCUCACAACAGUUUCACUAGUAAUCAUGGGGAUAGCGGCGCACCCUGCUCUCUUGAUCUUGGGGCUGUUGGUCUUCAACCUAGGUACCGGAUAUUCAGCUGCUAUGCGUAGCAUUGCAAUCCAUUCUGUGGGUGGUCAGGCGAGCCCGGAAGUUGGAAAACUCUUCGCCGUCAUCGCGGUGGUGGAAAGUUUGGGAGCCAUGCUAGGCGGCCCUCUACUGGCGGUCAUCUUUGACUGGGGGAUCAAGAUGGGCGAACCCCUGAUCGGUGCGCCAUACAUCUUCGGCGCUCUGGUCUUCGCCGUGGUGACAGUUCUGACAUUCAUGAUUCCGAUUAGGAAUGAUGAGCAACUCUAUACGCGCGUUAUGGAUGCAGAAAAUGAAGACGAAGAGAAUGGGCAACACGACCGGCAAUCUUGCGCCUCUGACCUCAAUCGCGCCAAAAGCAACGCAAGCCGCAAGUCUCAGGGAAGUCAUUUCCCCCCACGAGGAUCCAGUUUCCGCUCGAGUCAACCUCUGAAGGCCACGUCCACGUCUGGUGCUUCUCGGAGAUCACGUACGUCUACAAUGGUUACUGAAAAGUUUCCGUCAUUCCAUCCCACUACAGCUCAGGGCAUUCAUGCGACCCCACAUUCAUUAGCUGGAGGUGGCGAAAAUGUUCGACCCUUAUCCCAGCAGAACCCACGAAGACCAAGCGCUUCCUCCUCAGCUGCUUCACAUCAAAUCCGCAAAGCGCGUUCCAUGUAUUACGCGAGUAGUGUUCAGACGGGAUCACCACUUGCACGACCGCCAGCCAAGUAUUUGUUGACACCCCCGCCUGUCGUCAGCCCUGUACCGAAUGCCUCAUUACCAUCAUUCAGGAGCGCAAAUGCUGCAUUCUACCGUCCCAGGAGCUCGGCUGUGUCCUCCCUAGACUCUCCACGCUUGCCAGUCACCAUAGAACCCGGUGAAACAAUCGACAAAGCAAGGGAUAGAUACCUGCAAACAUUCCAACAGCGGCAGGUAAAACAAAAGCCUUCUUUGUUCCUGGCUCCUUUUAGAAAGCGACAAGGCAAGGCUAGAAAUGCCACUGCACCUAUUGAACCCGUCAGCUUUAUAAAAGGAAGGCAGAUAACACCGCAUCCGGGCGAUCUUGAUUGCUCAUUGGCAGAGUUCAAGCCCUUGAAAGAGAAGCGAUCCAUUUCUGAUUCCCUUCGACAUAAGUUCAAAAAGGUCUUUCGACGGUCCUCCCGAGGGUCCACGUCCGUCCCCACUCAACAGGCAGAUGCAAGUCGCGAAUAUUUUGGCAGAAGUCUAACCCGCACUGAGCCACAUAUGAAUAUAGAUACCGGAGUACCGAGUCCAGACGAUGACCUUCUUCGCCUCACCAGCUGGAGCAACUCUUCCUUUGCUGGGACAAUCACACAGCGUCAACUCAAGCGAUUGACAGUGAUACAUGAAGCCAAGGAUAGUAUUGGUAGUGAAGCAGGACACGUGGUAAUCGAGCGCUCUCCUUGGCACAAGCCCACACUGGCUCCCGAUUUGGCUGCGUUUCGCGACCCAAUGCGCAUCGAGUGCGACAGUGAAGAGUCAUUUACAACUGUUGAUCCCAAGCGCGUCUUUUCAGCCCUCAAGAAGGAGAUGGAGUCCCCCCAAAUUGUACCGGUGGAUGUGUCGGACCCUUAUGUCGUUCACGAGGGUAAGCCUGACAUCUUCUCCUCGAACAGCUCGGAAGUGUCCCAACCGAAACCUGGGAAUUAUGGUCACAGCAUGACUGCCAACAUAACACGAUCCAACCUUAACAAGUGCGAUGAGGUACAUCACCAGCUACCCUCUCAUCGGCCAGAGAGCUCAACUAUUGAAAGUAAAACCGUUUCUUUGAAAGCAACAUCAACGAAGUCAGGCUCUAUCAGGUCGAUAGGCAGAGCAAUAAGAUCCACUAUCCGCACCGUGAGUCCAACAGAUAGACGAUCGUCUGUGAUUCCGGACCGCACGACCAGCAUUCGAGGAGCGGUUCGGAUUCCCAAACCUUCAAACUCGAGUUCCUCCAGCCCAUCUGAAACAGAUACUCUGGGUCCCGUGAACAAAGAAAGGAUCGACUCCAGCCUCAUCAACUUCAAAACACGCCCGAACAGACAGCGCAAACGUGGAUCGUCCCCUUCGCGAGGGGAAACGCCUGUAAAAGGUCAUUCUGAAGGCCAUACACAGGGACACCAAGUGCAGUUGCGCAAGGUCACCGAUUCAUCUAACAUUACGCAGUCAGCCGGUUCUAUUGGCAAGAAGUUUAGCUUCGCUAACAUUGCUCGCCGCGCUCUGCCCCGGAAGUUCAGCACGGAAACUGGGACCGAAGGUUCGAGAGAUAAUGAAAGCGAUCCAAGCAGCGUUGAGGAAUCAUGCCUAAGUGUGGACCCUACGAUUUCAUUAGUAUCUCCAGCACCCCGAAUGAUCUUUUCGCCGCUUUCACCUAGUGUGUACUCCCGCAAUACGGAUGGGGCCAGCAUCACCCUUCACAACGACAGUGUCGUGGGGCUGGCUCAAGAAGACGACGAAGAUGCGGGGUCAGCAAUAAUUAUGACGAGCACCGCUGUAAAGAGCUAUGUCAUUGGAACGCCUUCGCGUCGCCAACCUUCCGCUUCGGCACGGUCGAGCAAAGACUGGAAAGCUUGGUUAUCGCACGAAGUGUCUGAAUUGGACGGUUCCACCCAAGAGGAUAUCGCAAUACACGACAAAUAUUCCACCCCAACAGGGCACCGUCGACGUUCCAGCAUGAGCGGCAGUCAGUCAUCUCUGAAUGCGCCAUCAGUGGAUGCAGGAAAGGUGUCGUCUUCACGACACACGACACACAUCCCGCCGCAUUCCAAGUUCUCUGAGCCACUGUCGCGGCGUGACUUCGGAGGUGAUGCAUCUUCACCAUUGGGAAAAGAUGCUUAUAACUGCGACGACAAGGAAAACACGUUUGCAGUCGCUGACUCCAAGUUAGCUUCUGUACCAAGGUCACUACGGCCAUUAAGUUCUGCAGCACUUAAUCGUCCUCAUUCAAGUCUUUCUCAGUAUACUACUUCCUUGGGUAGCCGGACUAUGGAUGGUGGUCUCAAUGAUCACACUUCAGCAUCCUCUAUCCGAUCGAGAUCUCGCAUGCAAUUACAGCCUGCAGCUCAAAGAAAGUUUACUACUCGACCAAAGAGUUCUUUUGAUCUCCGAAACACCGAUGCAGCCCUUGGUGGCUCUGGACGUACUCCUCCAGAUAGUGAUCGCCCAAAAAUCCGACGGCUGUACCACGCUCGGUCGAACUUUGAACGCCGCUCAAUGGCAGAUCCAAUGCGCAAUGAACCUAUCUCUAAGGUAUUGCCUGGCCAGAUGGCAUCUGAGGAAGCUCGGUCGUCUCCUUCGAGAGCUUCACGAAUCGCGACGCCAAGCCUAGCAGGAAGAACAAAUUCUCAUCUUGCAAAAGACGUCAAAGAAAAUACCAUCUUUGAUGUUGCCGCAGGCACAAACAACAAAGAAAAUGAUGUAGGUUUGAGGAGUCGAAGUGCAACCCCCGGCCAGCGCAUGGCAGAUAGAUUCCUGGAAGAGCGAUCUCUGCGAAGCGGCGCGGCUAGCCCCGUUCAUAUGCACCAGAUUGGAGAGACUGGACACCGGGAAUUUACACCUGCUUUCUUAUAACAGGUCAUCAAUUUGUCAAGCGAAUGGGACUAUG